AUGUGCAAAUAGAACAUACCAGUUGCCAGGAUACGUUUAGGUAAAACGAUGAAAUAUUAUCUUUAAAAUACAGUUUGUACGGACACCGCAAACGUGCCAGAGUGGUGUAACGCGCGACAUUAUGGUGACAAGAUCGGCAUAGAUACAAGUGUUCUAUAAAAUUACAAAAGAGUUUUUAUUCACAAAUAGAAGAUGUUGGUUUUAAUAUUAAUAGUGGUGUUAGCUGCUAUAUAUUAUGUAAAGUUUAGACAUUCACGUAAAUUGUUGUAUCAGUUUUCUGAAACUUUGCCCAAUGUUGGAGAUUUGCCAUUAAUAGGGCAUACCCAUUGGUUCAUUGGUGGGCCUGAAAGAAUUCUAAACAAUAUACGAAAGUUAGUUGAAAAAAUUGAAAAGUUGGACAGUGUCACUAAGAUUUGGAUUGGACCGUCUCUUUACAUAGUGAGUUUAAACCCUGAGGACGUGCAGAAGAUACUGGAGAACUGUCUUGAGAAAGAUUACAGUUAUAAAUUCCUCCAAACUUGGCUUGGAAAUGGACUUUUUGUUGCACCAGUCGAUUUAUGGAAGGCCCAUAGGCGGCUGCUUCUGCCGAUAUUCCACAACCGAAUCAUUGAGGAUUAUAUAGAAGUGUUCGGGGAACAGGGAAACAUUCUCGUCAAGACUUUGGGAGAGCAAGUUGGGAAGCGACCCUUCGAUGUCUAUGAAUACGUUACGUCAUGUAUGCUGGACAUCGUGUUUGAGACAGCAAUGGGCGAAAAAAUGGAUGUACAACACAACCCGGACACGCCGUACCUGCGCGCGCGCAAGACGGUCAUGUCGAUCAUCAACAUGCGCCUGUUCAAGGCGUGGCUGCAGCCCGACGCGCUCUUUAGUCUGACGUCACUAGCCAACGUGCAGAAAGAGAGCAUUGAUGCCACGCAUAAGUUCACCGAUGAGGUGAUAAGCAAGAAGAUAGCUACUUUUGAGAAAUUGAGUCACAAAGAUGGCAGAAAAGAUAUUCUACAGUUACUACUAGAAAGAAAGUUAGCGUUCAGUAACAUUGAACUGCGGGAACACAUUGACUCGAUCACGAUAGCCGGCAAUGACACCACGGCUCUCGUCAUAUCAUACGCGUUAGUGCUGCUGGGAGACCAUCCAGAUGCACAGGAUAAAGUUUAUAAAGAAUUACAAAGUAUUUUUGGAGACUCAAAAAGGGUGCCUACUAAGGAAGAUUUAACGAAGAUGGAAUACCUUGAACGAGUAAUCAAGGAGACGAUGCGGUUAUACGCUGUAGUGCCUAUUAUUGCCAGAACAACACAGAAAGAACUAAAGCUAUCCACGUGCACGAUACCCGCUGGCGUGGGUUGUGCAGUAGUGCCGAUGGUGUUACACCGGUCGAAGAAACUGUGGGGACCUGAUGCAGACAGCUUCGACCCUGACAGAUUCCUGCCAGAGAACAGUGUGGACCGACAUCCCUGUGCUUACAUACCGUUCAGCUAUGGGACGCGGAAUUGUAUAGGUCGUCACUUUGGUAUGCUUGCCAUGAAAAGUAUCCUCGCUACUUUUCUAAGAACGUACAAAGUUUCUUCGAAAACACCCGAUCGUUUGAAAAUAGAAAUUCUUCUCUUCCCAGUUGAUGGACAUCAAAUAACUAUUGAAAAACGGUCAUAGCUGUGGGUUCCAUUAAUGACAGAUCUGCAUCACC